AUGGUUAGCUAUGAUGAUAAGGAAAAUCAAACCCCAGUUAAGGAGGAAGCGUCCGAGUGGAAGCCUUUGAUAUGUGACAUGCAGGAUCAGUCUCCUCCGGAGACCACGGUCAUGAUGACUAGGAAGCGCUCAUGUUCACCCUCAUCAUCCUCAACUAAUAAUGUUGGAAUCUCCCUAAAAGGAGCUUCAGCACCAUCUAAAGUGGAGAAAAAAAUUCCUAAGAAAAGCAGAGCGGUUUUGAAGGCUUCGAAGAAAGCCAACCUAGGGUUAGUAGGGAUCAGGAUCCCUAGCAACAGCUUAGAAAUCAUGUUAGAUCUGAACCUGCCUACUUUGGCUAUUGGUGCGGCUACUCCAGUGUUCAUAUGUGGGAUCGAAGAGGAAGCCAUCACUCUAAUCCAGUCUAUGUACAAAACCACUGUUGGCAAACCAUUGGACGCUGCUCAUACACAGAUGGUCAAGACGGCAGCCAGCAGUUGUCUCUGUAUUGGAGUGGCAGAGUUCACUAAAAGUAUUAUGGACUCUCUGAAGAUCAACAAAUCUAAAGAAUUCUCAUUUUAG